AGUACAGUGUUUCCUCUCCUCAUUCAUUCUCUUCGCCUUUCUAGACUUUUAAGAAACUCGACAAAGAACAAUGGAGGCACUCUUCUUCAACGCUGACGAUGGAUACCUUGAGGGCAUUGUGCGCGGAUACCGUAGCAGCAUCCUCACUAACACCGCUUACAUUAAUUUAACCCAGUGUGAGACUCUUGAAGAUGUAAAACUUCAACUCACUGCUUCCGACUAUGGUUCACUUCUACAGAACGAGGCCAAAAUUUCGACGUCGUUGUUGUCCGAGAAAUGCAGGGACAAGCUUAUUCAGGAGUUUGAGUACAUUCGCGCUCACGCUGUUGCACCUCUUUCACAGUUCUUGGACUUUAUGACGUACGCCUAUAUGAUUGAUAAUGUCAUUUUGCUGAUCACAGGCACAUUGCAUGAGCGUGACACGCACGAGCUCCUGAAUAAAUGCCACCCUUUGGGUAAUUUUGACAGUAUGCCUGCGCUUUGUGUAGCAACAAAUGUGGCCGAGUUAUAUAAUUCUGUCUUGGUCGAGACACCAUUGGCACCUUAUUUCAAGGAUUGUCUGUCAGCAGAGGAUCUGGAUGAAAUGAAUAUUGAAAUCAUCAGGAACACACUCUAUAAGGCUUACUUGGAGGACUUUUAUCAUUUCACUCAGAGUUUCGGAGGUCCCACAGCAGAAAUUAUGGGAGAACUAUUGCAGUUCGAAGCGGAUCGCAGGUCGGUGAAUAUCACCAUCAACUCAUUUGGCACAGAGCUGACCAAGGACGAUCGCGCGAAGCUGUUUCCUAAUAUUGGACGCUUAUACCCUGAGGGCAACCUCAAACUUGCAAGGUCAGACGAUGCCGAGCAAGUGAAGGCUAUCUGCGAUGUUUUCUUGGAAUAUCGUCAAUUCUUUGAUAACAGUUCUGCCACAGGAUCAUCUAAGGCGCUUGAAGACCGCUUUUUUGAAUAUGAAGUUCAUCUUAACAAGAAGUCGUUCCAGCAGCAAUUCCACUAUGGACUCUUUUACUCCUUUUUGAAACUCAAGGAACAAGAGAUUCGUAAUAUUGUUUGGAUUGCAGAAUGUAUCACUAUGGGUCAGAAGGAACGUAUUAACAACUACAUUCCUAUCUUUUAAGGCUGUGCUCUUUUAAGGCUGUGUUCUUUUUUGUUUUUUUUUUUAUUUGAGAUGUAGCACAAUUGAAACCAAUGGG